UCGUGGUGACGCAACGGGCCGUUAGGAAGCAUAAUGAAGCAGCUCUUCUUCACGCUGGUACCUUUUCUAGUUCUAUUAGCUUCAUCCGCUGUAAGCAGCACUCCUCAACUCCGCAACCCAUUUGAAGCGGUUCGAGGAUGCCUUCAGUACGAUACUGUGCCCGGCUACAACGAAACGCUGGAAUACUUUGCGACGGACAACUUCCGAUACGUCGGCCGCACGCACAACUCCAAGUACAUACGGGUGGGCAUGGUCGGUCCGACCGACGGUAUUAUACGCUUCGGCAAGUCGCGCUUUCCCUACGGCGAGAGUGUGUCCGAAAUUUGUCUUUCCGGCUGGGCGAAUCAAAACUCGGAAGUUAAUCGUCACACGCGCACCAGCAACAGUGAGUACGUGAAUACGCCGCUCAAGAUUCAGCUGACACCGAAUGUGCUGUCCAAAACGCGACCGAUGAUGUUUCGGCUCGAAGUGUUCGAUAAUGGUAACGUGCUGCUGACGAAGGAUGGCGAGAAGCGACCGUUUUUGGAGUUUAACGACAACCGGCAACGGUUGGAUCUGGAUUACAUUGCGUUUACCAAGUGGAACCACGAGCUGUUCUAUUACUACGACUGUCCGCUCGAUACGGAUGCGAACGGGGUGGACGAUACGGUGCUGCUGAAGUGUAGUUUGGCUUAA